CUAGCCUUCUCACGCAUGACUACCCUGCGUCCUGUCCACGCCGCGGAUGUGUCGCUAAGCAUGGCUCCGCUAUUAAGAGAAUGUCACUCGACGAUGAUCCUUCCGACUUCGACGGUGUCCUGCCCGUAAUCCCCAUUGACUCCCCACCAAUUUACAAAGAUCGAAAGAGCAAUGCUGCGACCGGUGCAUCUGCAGCCGGCGCUCGCGCUUUCGCCGCGCAGGCGGUAGCCUUUUACUUUCGAGCACCCGUCAAGGCGUUUUUCAGAACGAGGGUGGACUACUUGGCCUACGCAAAAUCUAUCCUCCCACCUACACAGAACGGCCGCUUUUCCUGGCGAACCACGACCCCGGGCUUGCUAGCCCACGCCAUCAAGAACUACGGCUGGCGCUUCAUCCCGGAACAACUCUUCCCUCCUCUCGCCGCGAACAUCAUUGUCGGCGCGGCAUUGUACACUUCCUAUCUACAAGUUCUGGGUCGACUAUAUGAACCAUCCUCCCAUGCUUCGAAGACGGUCUUCCCACCUCCUCCCCCGGCACAUACCUUUGCGGCGGGGUUCGCGGCGGGCACCAUACAGAGUUUGAUCGCGGCGCCACUGGACGCACUCCAGGUCCGCUUCGACCAGCGCGGAGAGGCAUACCAGAACAAGACAAUGUGGCAGUACGGCAAGGGCAAGCUGCACGAGAUAGGCGCUCGGGGGAUCUUCGCGGGGUGGGGGUUGUCGUUCUUGAAAGACAGCUUCGGCUCGGCCAUCUUCUUCUCGACAUUUGAAUACGUCAAGGCGCAGGGCUAUUACAGAUUUGUGCGCUGGCACUACGGAUCGCUGGGCGACGUGGCCGUAGAUAAACUCGCGCACAAGCGAGGUGGGAAGGCCGCGACAGAGAGUCAGCCCACCGCGGUGAUCCGGCCUCAUUAUGCGCUGGAGCCGGGGUUUCUCAUGCUCGCCGGCAUGACAGCGUCCGUGGCCCAGCAGGUCAUUCUGUACCCAUUGUCGACGUUCCAGACGUUGCACUACGAACGGCUUGAGGAUCUGGACAAGAAGGCCGUUCAGCUCGACCGCCAGUCCAGUGGACGGAGCCGGGGGAGAAUGCUGCGCGCGUAUUACCACGCGUACCAGGAGACCUUGGCCCAGGCCCGCGUGCAGGCCAGACAGGUCGGAGGGAUGAAGACGUGGCUGUUCAGAGGUUUCUGGUGGUUCACCAUCAGACAGGUCCCGUCAACCAGUGCAGGAUUGAUCAUCUUCGAAUUGGUCCGCAGAAAGUACGGUCUGUCGGGAGACGAGGUCAGAAUCACACAGGAUGGCUAUGAUAUAUUGUUGACGUGAGAUGCCCUCGGGCGUCCUACAUUAUAAUAGAUGGUAGCGGUAAUCCUAGAUGCCUCCCUACUCCCCUCUGUGGUUCAACGGUCCACUCUACAAUUAGCGUAGUACAAUGAAUCAAAACCUCUUCUCCAACCA